CUCAAGCCAAAACCUGUUUCCCUCCCACUGUGUCUUCUCAUAUCUGAAACCAUUUCAGCAACAUGAGUAGUCGCCAGCUAACAGCUACUCCAAAAAUGUCCCAAAGGAAGGAGCGACGCAUGUUCUCCACUUCUGAUGACAGUGCCAUGACCAAGCAGGUUCAGACCACACAUGCCCCAGAUGGCCGUGAAAUUGAUGUCAAACCUAUUCUACAAAUCGUCGACGAAAUUCUCCUUCGGUUCAUUGCUCGCACUGUUGAGGGUUAUGAAGUGAAAAGAGACCAAGAUGCAUUGGAGAUGACUGCUGCUCUGGCUGAAUUUGACAUGCUUGACUCGCUGGCUUACAUCAUAAACAAAAUUUCGUGUGAGCUAUCAUGCAAGUGUUCGGGAGGUGGAGAUGCGCAUUCAUCAACAAUGGUGUUACUGGGUUACAUGUCUAGCUAUGCAUGGCAUGCGAAAGUUGUGCUAACAUUAGCAGCCUUUGCUGUUAUUUUUGGAGAGUUUUGGCUUGUUGCUCAGUUGAGUGCUGAAAAUACUCUUGCCAAGUCUGUGGCCCUUCUUAAGCAACUGCCAGAUAUUGCUGAGAAUUUCAUGUCAUUGAAACCCCAUUUUGAAGCACUCAUUAGGCUCGUGAAGGCUGCAAUGGAUGUAACCACCUGCAUCGUUGAAUUCAAGGAGCUUCCAUCUGACUACAUUUCAGAGGACACACCUCCCAUGUCUGUUGCCAGUACUCACAUUCCUAUUGCUUCCUACUGGGUCAUCAGAAGUAUUGUGGCUUGUGCCUCUCAAAUUGCUAGUCUCAUAGGCACAAGAAAUGAGUCAAUUUCAUCAACCACUGAGGCAUGGGAGUUAUCUAGUCUUGCUCACAAAGUUACUAGUAUUCAUGAGCACCUCAAGAGCCAACUGGUUCUUUGCUACCAAUAUAUAGAUGACAAGAGGCAUAUAGAGGCAUUCCAUAAUCUGAUUCGUCUUUUCGAGACAGUCCAUAUAGACAACAUGAAAAUUGUCAGAGCAUUGAUAUAUGCAAAGGAUGAUAUCCUUCCACUCUUGGAUGGAACUACAAAAUCAAGGGUUAGUCUGGAAGUACUAAGGAGGAAACAUGUGUUGCUGCUCAUAUCAGACCUUGAUCUUUCACAAGAAGAGAUCCUGGUACUUGAUAAUUUGUACAAAGAUGCACGAGCGAGGGGUGACACACACUAUGAGAUGGUUUGGAUCCCAGUUGUGGACAAAGGGAUCUGGAAUGAGGUGAACAAACAGAAGUUUGAGUAUUUGCAGUCAUUGAUGCCAUGGUACAGUGUCUGUGAUCCUUUCAUCAUUGAACCAUCAGCAGUUAAGUACAUCAAAGAAGUGUGGAAUUUCUCAAAGACAGCUAUUCUAGUGGCCCUUGAUCCACAAGGCAGAUUGUCCUCCCCUAAUGCAGUCCAUAUGAUAUGGAUUUGGGGCAAUUUGGCCUUCCCCUUCACUAGUGAGAAAGAAGAAUCACUGUGGAAGCAAGAGAUUUGGAGCCUUGAACUGCUUGUUGAUGGCAUUGAUCCUACAGUUUUAGAAUGGAUGGCAGAAGGAAAACUGGUAUGUCUGUAUGGAGGUGAAGACCUGGAGUGGAUUGAGAAAUUCACAGCAACAGCAUUGAGUGUGGCAAAUGCUGGGAAGUUCCUGCUGGAGAUGGCUUACGUGGGAAAGAGCAACGCGAAGGAGCGGAUGCAGAAGAUGAUAAAAACGUUCACUACGAGAAAGUUCAGUUACUUUUGGCCCAACGUGACCUCCAUUUGGUUCUUCUGGACCCGUUUGGAGAGCAUGCUGUACUCCAAGUUGCAGCACGGAAGGACGGUGGAAAACGACGAGAUCAUGAGCGAAGUGAUGACUGUGCUGAGCUUCGACGGCAGUGAUCGAGGGUGGGCGAUUUUCUGCAUGGGCGCCACUGAUAUGGCCAGAGCCAAAGGUGACAGUUUUUUGAAAUGCUUGCAGGACUUCGAAAAGUGGGGGCCUAGAAUCGAGGAAGAUGGUGUGGUGAAAGCCAUGAACGAUUACCUCAACCAAAACAAACCCCCACAUCACUGCAACCGUUUGAUCCUUCCUGGGAGCACUGGUGGCAUACCCCAGAAGGUUGUGUGCGCUGAAUGUGGACGCCAAAUGGAGAAAUACUUCAUGUAUCGUUGCUGUGUUGAGUAAGAGCGAUCAGAUUAAGUUAAGUGUAGUGUACUAUCGUUGACACAUUUUCAUUGUUUGACUAUGUUUAAUGUUGGUUUGAGAGUCUAAUGUUUUUAGUUUCAUAACAGAGGUUGUUCCUUUGUGAGAUAUGUAGUGAGAUGUGACAUGAGAUGAGAUGUUGUUAAGAUAAUGUUUAUGUGUAUGUACUAGCUGAUCUUGAGGCCUCAGAAGCACCAUCUGUUUGGGUAGCUAGUUGAGACCCCUUGCUUAAUAAAGUGUGUUGUAGAACUUUGAUGUGA